UUGAGCUUCCCAAAGCAGAAGCUGAAAGUGUAGGGCUUAAUUAAAUAAUGGGAAAGGCAGAAAGUGGAGUGUUGAUGUUGGGCUUAGUUGUUGUAGUGAUAAUUUGUGAGGCUGCUGCUUACGAUUACUUUCAGAUGGUGGAACAGUGGCAGCCCGCAACCUGCAGCGACAAGAAGCUGAGAUUUGGAUGCAGGCAGAAGCCGAAGCAAGUGUUUACUAUCCAUGGCUCCUGGCCAAGUAACUAUUCUAGGGCAAGGUCCAAGCCCUGCAGGGGCUCUAGGUUUGAUAUCACCAAGAUUGCUCCCAUAAGAGCACAACUAAACCAAUAUUGGCCGGACGUGGUGAAUGGGAACCACCAGAGGUUUUGGGAGCAUGAGUGGUCAAAGCACGGGACUUGUUCAGAGAAGCAAUUCCCAGGAAGAGCUUAUUUCCAAAACGCUUUAAAUAUUGCAAAAAGACAUGAUCUAUUGUCCAUCCUCAAGAAGGCAGGCCACAACCCAGACGGUAAAGUCAAGCAAAGAGCCAGCAUUGAAGCUGCCAUUACUAAAGCCAUUGGAAAGAGGCCAGUGCUUCGCUGCAAUUUCAACAAGUCCAAUGCUAGACAGCUACACGAGAUCGUCCUAUGUGUCGCUAAGAAUGGCGUCGCCCUCGAGAGCUGCACCAAGUUUGCCGCUGCCACAUGCCCUAACACUUUCGUGUGGGGUUGAAGCUCGGGGAUCGCCUUGCCUUAAUCCUAAAAUAAGGUGGCUGAAAAAUGCACCUUUUAUUUGCGACGUUUGCUUAUGUAUGUGAAAUAUAUAAUUUAUUUUGCUUUGGGUUGAUGUAUCCACCUUUUUUUGGGAGAUUUUUAUCGCAUUGAAGAUUGCAUUGA